AUUGCAUCGAUAUGAUAUCACUCUUGAUUGCUCCUAUCUCGCUCUUUUAAUUUUACACCUACUCGCUGUCCCACUAUAGAGUAUGAAACGUUUCCUUUCCUUUUAUUUUGCUCUUCUUUCUUGCAAUUAUUCAUUUCAUUUAAAAUCAAGCAAUGUCAACCCUGUCAAUUCAAAGUAUACUGAAUGCGGGUGUUGCUUUUACAAAUGAGGUAUGUAAGAUGCAGUCCUUUCAAGACCCUUCGCUUCCACCAACACCAACACCGACACCAGCACCACCUCACCAUCGACCACAUCCGGACGACGAAGGUUGUAAACUCUUAGAUUCCUUUGCUAUUCUUGUUCAAUUAACACUUGCAAGCACUGCUUUGCUAACAUUGUUUUAUAAACGCUCCCGAGAGAGACCCCAAAGACCGGUUAUCGUUUGGGCACUGGAUGUUGGAAAGCAGUUUUCUGGUGCUGGUGUCAUUCACUUUUUGAAUUUAUUCAUAAGUUAUUUGGCAGGUAGACCUCGCAAUGGAGGUCCGAAAACCAAUCUAUGCGUUUGGUAUUUCUUAAACGUAGCUGUAGAUACUACCGUUGGUGUUGCUAUCCUUUACAUGUGGUUGCGUAUCAUACAAUAUAUACUAGAAAAACUCAAUGUAAAGAACAUCAAAACCGGACAAUAUGGGCCACCACCUUUAAAAAACAUGGUGAUUCCUUGGAUCAAACAGACUUUUAUCUUUAUCUUAGCAGAGUCCUUAAUGAAACUUUGCGUUUUUGGCAUGUUUCGUUAUUUCCCCUUUUUGUUUGCUUGGGGUGAGUGGGUGCUAAGAUGGACAAAAGGAAAUUAUAGAUAUCAAGUCAUCUUUGUCAUGUUAAUAUUCCCUCUUGUUAUGAAUAUUAUCCAAUUUUGGAUAGUCGACACAAUUGUGAAAGUAACACCGACCAGUAUCAGCAAUAACACACAGCCGGUCAUUAACCAACAAACAGCUUCGGACCGUAAUAACAAUGCUGAUGAAGAAUCGCCACUUUUGCCAAAAUAGCGAAUACAUCAUUUCUUUUUCUCAUCUUUGUUUUUAAUAAAACCUCUUUGUCUCGACAUUUGUUUCCGAUAGAAAU